AGGAGAACGGUACACGCUAUUAUCAAAGAAAUGUACACAAGCCUAUUAUAUUGACAAAUGACAGCUAAAUGCAGUGGUGUUGCGUAUACGUCACAGAACGAAGAGGUAAAGGCAAGCAAAGGAAAGUCAAGCAAGAAUUGUAUUCAGUAGUGGCGCAGGCUUUGCGCUAACCACGCGUGUGUUGUUUUGGUUCGUUCAAGUUCGUAACUCGAUCCAAGAAUUCAAUUUGUAGAAUGUGACACACAUCGAUAACGUUUUCUCGUUGGGCAGAAGACAAACGGUACAGGUGUUCGAUCCAGACGUGUCUUAUUCUUCUCCACGAUACAGUUUCACGCGAAAUCAAGAGAACUUCGAUGAGAACUAUCGUUCUGGAUAUCUACAUCGGAUUUGGCUAAUCAAGAUUUAUCGGUCAAGUAUUUCCACAACAUUAUCGUAAAUUUACUGAUCACUAUCUUUAAGAUUCUUCGAGUGUUUUUAUUGUAUCUUAUUAUAUCUGUACUGUGACAAUUUUCAAAUGAUUGCCCAAUCAGUCAGCAAUUAACCUAGCCUCUAAGAAGGUUCUUAAACAGAUAAGCUACUUGGAUGAUAAGAACGUGUCAUACUGAGGAGAUCUUUUCCAUUUUUGACCGUGUGACUUUCAUUUCGAUGUGAGUGAUUCGUUCUUUUCUUCGUAAAAUCGGUUAUCAGUUGAAUAGCUAUCAACUAGUGAUCAAAGGAUCAAUUUGAAAGACGAGUUAAUGCAGCGUACGAAGAAAGAUGGACUCGAGCAAUUCAAAAUCCAAACCAAAUCCGCGGGUGAAGGCCAGCUUGCUGUCGGUGCUGCUUUGGUGGUGGACGAUAGACUUGUUCAAGACAGGCUACAGAAAGGUUCUGCAAACGGAAGAUUUAUAUAGUCCUUUGAAAACCGAUAAGUCAAGCUACCUUGGAGACCGAUUAGAAAAACGAUGGAAAAUCGAGUUAGAAAAUUCGAGGAAGUACAAGAGGAAGGCCAGCCUGUUGAGAGCUAUCUUUCGUACCUUUUUAUGGGAGUACAUCGUACUUGCUUUGAUGCAGAUAUUAAACGAAUUUUUCCUUCGAUUAGGGACACCGAUGCUUCUGGGUGGGCUUCUACGUUACUUCAAAAAGAGCACGACCGAAACUUAUGAAACUGCGUUACUAUACGCGGGUGGAAUUUGUAUAGCAACAGCUAUAAAUGUAAUCGCGCUCAAUCAAGUGGUUUUCGGCGCGUUUCAUGUUGGCGCGAGAAUUAGGGUCGCCGCUUGUUCUGUAGUAUACCGGAAGGCGUUACGGCUUAGCAAAACAGCGCUUGGUGAAACGGCACCAGGGAAAGUGGUCAAUUUGGUGGCCAAUGAUGUGAAUAGAUUUGAUCUCGUUUCCAUUUUCAUACAUCAUAUGUGGUCUGCACCACUUUCUACGUUAAUUAUAGCGUACUUUCUUUAUAUCGAAGCGGGAUACGCUGGAUUAAUUGGUAUCGCUGCGGUCUUCGUUGUUGUACCGAUUCAAUCAUAUACGGGAAAGCUGUCGUCCAAGUUUCGAUCACAGACUGCCAUGAAAACUGAUGAGAGAGUUCGUUUAAUGGACGAAAUUAUAUCAGGAGUUCAGGUCAUUAAGAUGUAUGCAUGGGAAAAACCAUUCUGUGCUUUAAUCGAAACUGCCCGUAAAUUAGAAUUGCAAGUGGUGUCUAAAAGUGCUUAUAUCCGAGGCAUCUACAUGACCUUCAACUUGUUCACUACAAGAAUGGCCCUCUUUUGUACUUUAAUUAGUAUGCUCCUAUUUGGCGAUAAAUUAUCAAUCGAUAAAGUAUUCGUUUUUUCUUCCUAUUUUAAUAUUCUGGCGCAUACUAUGUCUGGAAUGUUCGUACGGGGUUUUGCUGAAAUAGCCGAAUGCUUGGUGGCUGUGGGAAGAUUACAAUACUUUUUGAUGUACGAGGAAUUUCAAGACAGUGGCCAUAUUUUAAGCAACUUUACAACUAGCAUUAAUGGUAGCAUCAAUAGCAUCUCAAAGCAUGCUUCCAACAAAACUUCGAAGCCCGAUAUACCAUAUAUUGAUGAUGAAAUAGACGGCUAUGAAAAUCUGGAUGAGUCUUCAGAAAAAAGAAGACACAAUGGUCUAAUGGUUGUUGCUAGCGACUUGCUUAAGAAUACGGCGAAUAUGAUGGAGGAAAAGAAAGCUUUUUCAACAAUGAAUCAGGAAACAUACGCAGUAAAUAUGAGCCACUUAACGGCUAAAUGGGAACCAAGUCAAUCUGAAAACACUCUUGAAGAUGUAAAUCUUGAAAUACAAAAAGGAAAGAUAUACGCCGUAAUAGGUAUGGUCGGAGCUGGAAAGAGUUCUUUCCUGUCCGCUAUUCUUGGAGAAAUAGAAGUAACUGGAGGUCACGUGAAAGUGAAUGGAAGUCUGAGCUAUGCUGGACAAGAAGCUUGGGUCUUUGGGUCCACUGUUAGACAGAAUAUUCUUUUUGGACAACCUUAUAAUCGUCAAUUAUAUCAGAAGGUUGUGAAAGCUUGUUCUCUUCAAAGAGAUUUCAAGCAAUUCCCCCAAGGAGAUCAAACAGUUGUCGGGGAAAGAGGUAGUUCUUUGUCAGGAGGACAGAAAGCUAGGAUUAAUUUAGCUAGAUCUUUAUAUAGACAGGCGGAUAUUUAUUUACUAGAUGAUCCACUGAGUGCUGUUGACACCCAUGUCAGCAAACAUUUAUUUGAAGAAUGUAUACAAAGAUAUUUAGCUGGAAAAACGCGGAUUUUGGCUACUCAUCAGUUGCAGUAUGUGAAAAAUGUGGAUGCUAUUAUACUUAUUGAGCAAGGAAAAGUCACGGUAUUUUCCCAAUUUCAAGACUUACUAAGUCAACGACCAGAGUAUGCGGAAUUGCUAGCAGCGGAAUCAGAAUCUAUCGAGGAUAGCUCUUUAGAGAAGAGUAUUAUGAAAAGACAAUAUUCAUCAUCAAGCACUAGAAGCCGAACUCCGGAAGCAAGUAGUGGAGGAACAGACGACGAGGAAGAAGACGAAAAUUCUGAGAAAUUUAACGAUGGUUUAGAAGGAACCUCUCGUGGUGUAGUCAAAGGACCAAUAUUCAUUAAGUACUUCAAAACUGGUGCCAAUUUAUGCCUAGCCUGUACGGUACUCCUAUUGUUUAUAUGUACGCAGUUUAUGGCUAGUCUCAACGAUUAUUUUAUUCCUAUUUUAGUAAAUGAAGAAGAAACGCGACAUUAUUACAUUACACAAGCUAAGUUAAACGCUACCAAUAAUACCUCGAUUGAAAAUCUCGAUAUUUCCUCUAUGUAUAAUAGCAUGUACGUUUAUACCGCUAUUAUCGUUGGAUUAUUUUGCAUUGGUAUUACUAGAUCAUUAAUCUUCUACAAAGUAUGCAUAUUAUGCAGUCAAAAGUUGCAUGAUAUGGCGUUUAGUGCCUUAAUUAGGACAGGCAUGAGGUUCUUUGAUACGAAUCCUAGUGGCCGAAUUCUCAAUAGAUUUUCUAAAGACAUGGGAGCCAUUGAUGAAUUGUUACCAAAGGCUAUACUCGAUGCUGGUCAAAUAUGCAUGAUGAUGUUUGGGUCUUUAGCAGUAUCAUGUAUAAUCAAUCCUCUUUUCUUAAUUCCUAUAGUAUUUUUGGGUACUGUCUUUUAUUGGAUAAGAAAGGUAUUUUUGAGGACCAGCAAGAACAUUAAAAGAAUGGAGGGUAUGACUCGAUCCCCUGUGUUUACUCAUUUAAACGCUACUUUAAAUGGAUUGAGUACCAUAAGAGCAUACUGUGCACAGGAUAUAUUAAGAAAAGAAUUUGACAAACUGCAAGACGUCCAUACUUCCACAGUUUACAUGUAUAUAGUGGCGAGCACUGGCUUUGGAUUCUCGUUGGACGUAUUUUGCUUCGUCUUCACAUCUCUAGUUAUUUUCAGUUUCCUCUUAUUGCAACAAACAUUUUCUGGCGGAGAGGUAGGCUUGGCCAUCACGCAGGUAAUGGCCAUGACAGGAAUGAUUCAGUGGGGAAUGAGACAGAACGCUGAAGUGGAAAACCAGAUGAUGUCUGUUGAACGUGUGUUAGAGUAUACGCAAAUUGUGGCUGAAUCGAAUUUACGUGACAGGGGAAAGUUUGCCAAGAAAAUCGAGAAGCAACUUCCGCUACCUGCUAAUGCACCAAAGAAUUGGCCAACAGAUGGAAUGAUCAGGUUUAGAAGCGUUUAUAUGAAAUACGUAGAGGAUGAUCCUCCAGUAUUAAAAGGACUGAAUCUCGUCAUUAACCCUGGAGAAAAGAUAGGUAUAGUGGGAAGAACAGGAGCUGGAAAAUCAUCCUUAAUAUCAGCUCUAUUUAGACUAGCCAAAAUUGAAGGUGUCAUAGAAAUUGAUGGUAUAGACACUGGGUCCAUUUGUUUAGAAGAUUUACGACGUAAUAUAUCGAUCAUUCCCCAAGAUCCAGUUCUAUUCUCUGGUACCUUAAGGCGUAAUUUGGAUCCUUUCAACGAAUUUACGGAUAAAGCUCUUUGGGAAGUACUUGAUGAGGUAGAACUGAAGGAUGCUGUAAUUACUGCUGGAACAGGCUUGGAUAGCCGUGUUUUGGAUAGGGGCAGUAACUAUAGCGUAGGUCAAAGACAGCUGGUUUGUUUGGCAAGAGCUAUAUUAAGAAAUAAUAAAAUACUUAUGCUUGAUGAAGCUACAGCCAAUGUGGAUCCACAAACAGAUGCCCUGAUCCAGCAUACAAUACGAAAGAAAUUUGCCAAAUGCACUGUUCUUACCAUUGCCCAUAGGUUAAAUACUAUCAUGGAUAGCAAUAAGGUUUUAGUCAUGGAUAAAGGACGUAUGGCUGAAUAUGAUCAUCCUCAUAUACUAUUACAAAACAAUUACAGUCAAUUCAAAUCGCUAGUUAAAGAAAGUGAUCGUGCUAUGUACGAUCAAUUAGUGAAAGUAGCAAAACAAUCUUACAUUAGCAUAUACGGAAAACGAUGAUUAUUAAAUAACAGCUUGAUCAUGAAAAAGGAUUGGCAGCAAUAUGAAAACAACUCCAAUAUAUGAAUUUAUUUCAAAAGAAAGAAAAGUAUAGCUGUUACAUCCAAAGAUGCAAAAGUUCAUUACUAAAAGUAUUAUUUAGCUAUGAAUUUUAUCACGUUUCAAAAUGUGUUUUGAUUGUGAUUGAUUUUGAAUUGAGAUUAGGAGUCAUUACUUAAUACUGGAAAUUAUUAUUUUUAUUGUAGCAGUUCUUUUAACUUGUACAAUACGCAAAUCACGUUCUUAAUUUUAAUCCUACCAAGUAUUAUUACAAGCGUAUACAAUGUAGUUAUAUAAUUAAUAUAAUAUAAUAUAAUAUAGUCGCGAGCGGUAUAUAAUAUCCGAGGAAGCAUAUUUUUAUAUCUCUCUGUACGCAAAUUAUUACGAUCGUUAUUCCAAGAACUUUCUUAUAUAACGAAAACUUUCUUGCAGAUUUUUAUGCAAACUCAUAUUUCUACGAAUACAACUAAAAAAACGAAAUCUAAAUAAAAAUUUUGUUCACCUUCUAAAUAUUAUACCAAAAAAUUUCCUUUGGAAAUUUUAUGUAUUUUUAUAUGUUAAAGUUUUUCAUAAAUGCAUGAACAUCCGUAAAGUACUUAUAUAAAUAGAACGUUGCUGCGCGGCGUAUCAAACUUACAAAUAUCUAUAAAUAUACUUCGUUUUUGUACUUCAUAUUUUACAUAUUUUGUUAUGUUUUAUAUCAUGGAAAGUUGUAUAAUAUAUGCCGUGCGCAAUAGGAAAAAAAGGAAAAGGAAGCAAAUGAAUCUUCAAUAAUUUUUGACGUUUGCGUAGGUACCAAAAGUAAACAUUUAAGUUAGCAAUAAGAAUCAAGAUUUCUUAAAAUAUUAUUUUUAUCAUCGUAAGCGAAAAUACAACGUUUAUAGUACUUUUCUACACAAAAUUAAUACUAUAUAUAUAUUAUGAUCUUAUUAUGUACUAUAAGUGCAAAAUAUACCAUAACUACAUGUAGUACGGUAUAUUGUUAUGAUAAAGAUCGAGAAUUGAUUAGUCUAUUAUGUAUACAGCGCUCGAUAAAUCCGUCGAUAAAUUAAUAAGAUCGAUCGAAUGAAGAAUAUAUUCGUGAGAAUUAUACAGCGAUACAGUGUUCAUUGUAAUUUGCUAUAUAUUUUCGAAGAUUAUAUUGUUAUAUUUUUUAUGUAUACAUAAAUUAUAUCUAACUGUAAAUAAAAGUCUUUACUUUUAUACCUUAA